UCCAGACUGCAGCGGUGCUGCUGAGCGGUACAACAAGACUCAGUUUGCGUUAGGAAGUCGAAACAGACAGACUGAAAUAAAAUAGCAGACAUAUUCUGACUGAGACUGUUUCACAGCGCUGGGAAAUCACUUUUUAUCAGAAGAGAUCUCUGACUUUGAGAAGAUAAUCUCUCAUUUGGAGAAGGUGUGCCACUAACAACAGAUAAAGGACACACACUGUAAUCAGGUCUUUUACUAUUAUUAUAUAUUUUUUUACAACUUCGGACAGCUGUGUCAUUGUCUAAAGAUGCGUUCCUCUGUGCGUUUUGUCUUUUUAUCCAUGUGCGUAAUGAACGCGGCACUGUCCACGCCAUUUGAAUCAGAGGAUGUUUUACCUGUUCGGAUAAAAGCAAGAACGAGUGGCCGCUUUCGGAAAAGAAGCGAGGAGCAGCCAAGGUUUGUCCUCAGCGUAUUUGGCAAGGACAUGACUCUAAAUCUUGUACCGGACACCAGCUUCAUGGCUCCGUCUUUCACUGUCCAGCGGAUCAAGGCCAGUGAUGCUGGCGCUUUACGCAGCGCCACAGGUGCUAAAGCUGGGCUGGUGUCAGAUCCUCAGGUGUCCAUGAACCAGACAGAGGACAGCGAAGGACACCUGAGGAGCUGCUUCUACUCUGGGAACGUGGACCACGAUCAGAACUCGGUGGUGGCUGUCAGUUUGUGCUCUGGCAUCUUCGGCUCCUUCAUCACGAAGGGGAAAGAGUAUUUAAUUGAGCCCAAACUCAGCGGUAGCUUUGGGCCAGACUCUGCCGAGCAGCUGCAUGUCAUAAAGAGGAAGACACAAGCCAAAAGCCACGGGGCUUCCCUUCUGUUUGAUCACGCGGCGCUUGAGCGCCGAGUGGAGCAGGGCGACGGGGAAAGUUUUACGCACAGCGACAGUGACGCACACGGGGAACCUCGCCGGAGACGCUUUGUUUCCGCGCCACGGUUCAUAGAGACCCUGGUGGUAGCUGACUCAACCAUGACCCACUUCUAUGGAGAUGAAAUAAAGCACUACAUUCUGACCUUGAUGUCCAUGGCAGCCCAGCUGUACAAGCACCCCAGCAUUAAGAACUCCGUUAACAUGGUGGUCGUCAAGAUGCUGGUAGUGGAGGACGAGGAGGUCGGCCCUGAGGUCUCAAGCAACGGAGGUGUGGCUCUAAGGAAUUUUUGCUCCUGGCAGCAAAUCUUCAAUCCACCAAGCCAGAGACACCCAGAGCACUAUGACACCGCCAUGCUCUUCACUAGAGAGGACAUCUGCGGACAAAAGAGCUGCGACACACUGGGUGUGGCCGAUGUCGGGACUAUGUGUGAUCCCAAGAGAAGCUGCUCCGUGAUUGAGGACAACGGCCUGCAGGCUGCCUUCACAGCUGCACAUGAGCUUGGUCACGUGCUGAGUAUGUCCCACGAUGACUCUAAGAACUGUAAGAGGCAGUUUGGAGAGCUGGGAGGACAUUACCUGAUGGCGCCGCUGUUUGUCAGCCUCAAUAUGACGGCGCCCUGGUCCCCUUGCAGUGCUCUCUCCAUCACCGAGUUCUUUGACAAUGGAUAUGGAGACUGCCUGCUGGACGUUCCAGAGAGUACCAUGCCUUUACCAAGUGAGCUGCCAGGCAUCAAGUACAGUCUGGACCAACAAUGCCAGCAGAUAUUUGGAGAGGAGUUCAUCCACUGUCCCAACACCUCGGACAGUGACGUCUGCAGCCAGCUUUGGUGCCAGGAGGACGGGACCUCACAGUGCAUCACCAAGAACGGCAGCAUGCCCUGGGCUGACGGCACCGCCUGUAGCUUCAACCAGACCUGUCUCCGAGGAGCAUGCAUGUCGACCCACGAGGUGAUGCAGCCACUGGUGGUUGUGGACGGCGGCUGGAGCUUGUGGGGACCGUGGCAGCAGUGCUCCAGAACAUGUGGAGGAGGGGUAGAGUUCUCCUAUAGGGAGUGUACUGACCCGAUACCACAGAACGGAGGGAAGUACUGCGAAGGACAGAGGGUCAAGUAUCAGUCCUGCAACACGCAGUCCUGUGACGACAGCGAUGGGAAGAGUUUCAGAGAGGAGCAGUGUGAGCAGCACAACAGCGUGGAGUUCAAUGGGAACAUGAAGCAGUGGAUACCAAAGUAUGCUGGCGUUUCUCCCAGAGACAGAUGUAAACUGGUCUGCAGGGCCAAAGGCAGCAGUGAAUUUAAGGUGUUUGAACACAAGGUGAUUGAUGGGACGACCUGUGGCCCUGAUACCACCUCAGUGUGUGUCCAAGGCCAGUGUGUGAAAGCAGGCUGCGACCAGGUGAUAGGAUCCAACAAGAGAGUGGAUAAGUGUGGAGUGUGUGGAGGGAGUGGGCUCACCUGUAGAAAGAUAACUGGCUCGUACAACAAAGCAACCUAUGGAUACAGUGACAUUGUCACAAUUCCCAUUGGCGCUACUAAUAUUGAUGUCAAACAGCGGAGCAACAGAGGAAUCAAACAUGAUGGGAACUACCUGGCUAUAAAGAAAGAGAAUGGUGGUUUUAUCCUAAAUGGGAACUUUUCUGUAUCCACAGUGGAGCAGGACAUUCCUGUGCUGGGUGCUGUGCUAAAGUACAGUGGCUCCUCCACCACACUUGAGAGGAUCCAAAGCUUCAGGCAACUGAAAGAGGCCAUCACCAUCCAGAUUCUGGCCACUGCAGGUGAUGCCAACCCACCGAAGGUCAAAUACACCUUUUUCAUUCCUAGAGAUGUGAGUUUCGAUAAAUCCAAGGAGAAGAAGGGCUCGUCACUAUCUUUGCAUAUGAUCCAUCCCUUCAGCGUGCCUGAGUGGGUGUUGGGGGAGUGGUCCGAGUGCUCCAAGAGCUGCGGUUUUGGGUGGUCCAGGAGGAAUGUUGAAUGCCGGGACAGUGCAGGCUUUUUCUCCAGCCAGUGCGACAAAGAUCUGAAACCUGUAGAUAUCAGACCUUGCGGUGACCUGCCAUGUCCCAUAUGGCAGUUGGGACCUUGGUCCACAUGCUCACGAACUUGUGGCCAGGGGGAGCGUCGCCGCAGCGUCUUCUGCAUAGACUACACAGGGAUGACUACUGAUCCGGAGAAGUGCGACCCAAACAAAGUCCCAGAGCCAGUCUCCGUACAGUGUCUCAGCCAGGAGUGCCUAUGAAUAACAUCAAACAGUGAACUUUCCCAUAUUGGUUUGACUGCGCUUACCAACCACGGAUGGAUUACUGAACAACACAUGCCGGGCACAGGCCGAGGGAGCAGGGGACAUAAUGACCACCAGGAGACACAAAAUGACCACAAAAGAUUUAUAGAACAGCUCCAAAGGGACAAAGACAUCAACAAAGACAACAAGACUACUAAGACUCAAAAUCUGAAGAAAUUUAAAAUGAUUACAGAGAGACUAUGAGUAAUAAAAGCUAGACAACUAUGAGAAUAUACAAAAUACUAUAAAGACACACAAAAUGGCUGCAAAGUGAUGCAAGGCCUGUGCCCAGGGACCCAUUGUCCGAUAAUCUGUCCAUGUUACCAACUGGUUGCAUCAAGUCGCAUCAAAGGCUUUUGCCUGAAUUUUUGCCUUUUGUCUCUUUUUUUCUUUAUUUGACAACCACUAUUGAAACAAUGGAAAUCUACCUCAUGUGAUGCGUGUAUAUAGAUGAAGGUGCUGCGUGUGUGUGUGUGUGUGUGUGUGUGUGUGUUUCUUUUCAAGAAUGAGAAGUUUUAUAGUCCUGCUUUAAAUAGAAUCGAACUUCUUGGGAGCGGUUUUGUCAAAUCUGCAGUUUGUUUCAGUCGUUGUACGUUGGGUGUCAUUUAGGGCAUGAAAUCUGCUGUCAAACACCAGCAAAUUGUUCAUACCUCCAGCCGUCCUCUAACGCACUCACUCCCUUAUAAAGCUUUGCUCGAGAUUUAAGCUGUUUCUGAGGUAUGUCCAUAUGACUGAGGUAUACGUCUGGUUCCCACAUAGCUCUGUCUGUCAGCGAAUCAGCCUGAAGUGUAUUCAUUCCAAUGGCAACCUCCAUGAUAUCUGAUAUCUGGUAAUAUUUUCAUCUGGACUUUAUAAUUUGUGCAGUUAAUUUUGGUAAACUGUAUGCACUUUUUUAGGCUUACUUCUUGUGGCAAAAGGCGUAUGUGGUUAGUUGUGUAACAGGAAAUUAGCAUAAAAACAAUCCAUCUGGCUUUUUAGUUAAAUUCAGUUGUAUGAUAUUGUUAGUCAAGCCGUAGUUUAAAAUAUAAACUUGUUCAGACAGUGUGCAAUAUAUAAUUACAUUAACAUAGCACACAUUCAUGUAAUUGUAGAAAUCAAUAGAUGAUGAUAAUAUAAACAAUGCACUUUAACCACAAAUCUUACAGCAAUACAGAUAGGCAGAUAUUUCACAAAACCACAAUGUGAAAAAACAAACACACCAAAUUCUCUUCUUUGGCUGCAGUGGUGACUCUUUCCAUCUGUAAAGACAUGCUUCCAGUGCUUUCAACACAAGGGGGCGGAGUCCGUACAUGAAACGUUAUAACGAAAAACUAAACAAAAGACUGUGGAAAUGCGGCAAUAGUUGAGAGAAUGGCCUCCCGUUUGAUUCCAUAUCUUCUCUGCACACGUACCAAAAUAUGAAAGAAGACGUCAUGUUUCUAUCUGAAAACUCUAGCUUGGACUUUUCCCCCUUUCCCUAUACAUUGCGUUACAAAGCAGUUGUUAAUGCAAAGGAACAAUGGUACUAACAGUUUGCAAUGCAACAAAUAUUUCUUUGGAGGUGUUAUUACUAAGUUAUUAGCUCAUCAUCUACCAUGUAUAUAAAAAAUACCAUUGAUUUUAUUCUUCUUCAUUUUCCGUGUGUUAAAACAUCCUAUGCAACCCCUCACAGUUGUAUUCAGACUCUGAUUUGUACAUUUGAUUUUUUUUUUUCCAUUCCUGUUGUUAAUUUACAGUAUGUUAUAAAACUGAUGAAGUAUUAGGCCUAUAUCCCUUCAGUGAAGGACCAUACGUAUUUUAUUAUUAUUACAGCUUCCUUUUUAAGCUAUUUAUUUUUGUAAAGUUUUUACCAUGGACAUGUAAUUGAAAUGGCAACUGCUGCUGAGAUUUUUGUCAUAAAAAUGGUCAAAUAAACACAUUUAUGUCAAAA